AUGGGGACAACCCUGGAUGGCCUUACCACACCUUCCAGCUUGAGCCAGCGCAGGCAAGCCGCCUUUAGUCUCGAGCUCCCACCUCCUACCACUCUUCAGUUCAACCCGGUGGUAUCAAGUCAGAAGUUCCCCCCUCUCUCGGGCAUCAAUACGUCCCAGGCUGUACCGCCUAUCAACGUAGGACAACUUCUGACCCCUCCGUCUAAUUCGGCCUCUGAGAGCAGCGCUGCCUCAUCAGCUAUUCCCACAGGAACCACUCCAAACAGCGCAGCAGGUCCAGUGUUGCCCUAUACGCCCACGCUAUUCGGAGCAGGUACCACGCCGACCGGGUUCCACACCGGCUUCACACCCCCUUCCUGGCAGAAUGGAUCGCUUGUUGCCGCCCGUUCUGUUUUUUCGCCAAUGCCAGGAGCCUCAUUGAGGAAUAGCACCAACUCUCCUACAGCUGGAGAGGCUUCCGCAUUACCGCCUCCGCCGUAUGACCUCCAUUCGGUCCAAUCGUACGGUGCCCCUAUGCAGCUCUCUUCGCCUGCAAGUGCUACCCAUCCUACGGCUCAGCAGACCAUCAUAUCACCGCUGCCAAAUGGUGUGAGGCCACCCAGCCAGCAGUCUCCCGUGACACCGGGUGACGGGGUCAGUCGAGCUGCAUCGAAUCCCGCUCUGUAUGCAACCAUGACAACUACGGCUCAACACCCUGGGUAUCAUUAUGCAUCCGCGACUCCAGUAUCACAGAGCCCUCAUCCCCAUUCCCUUUCUGCUCCUCGAGUCUCGCCACCGCUCCAUCAAGGACCUCAACACCAGGCUCCUUUCAUGCGCCCUCCCCCGCCCUCGUAUUCGUUGCCCGCCAUGCCUGGCCCGAUCAUGUCCAAUGUCCAUAGUCCAGGCGCUCAAAUGGCAAUGGUCGGCAACAUGCAGGCUAAUAUGCUGCCCAUGGCCUUCAACAGUGGUUAUGCCGCAAAUCCUCAGACGAUGUAUGGCCAGCAACGGAGCAAUACUCCUCAACAACAACCGGUACACGAUCGUCCCUUCAAGUGCGAUCAAUGCCCGCAAAGUUUCAAUCGCAACCAUGAUUUGAAGAGACACAAGAGGAUCCACCUUGCUGUAAAGCCCUUUCCUUGCAGUCACUGUGACAAAAGCUUUUCUCGCAAAGACGCGCUCAAACGGCAUAUCCUGGUCAAAGGCUGCGGCACUGGCAAGCCGCCUGAUUCUUCGGCUAGAGAGGACGGUGUCAAAUCUGAGUCCGGAAGCGAUGGCAUUAACGAAAGCCCAGCAGCUGCGCCCGCAGCUUAA